UGUGUGGUUGGAGUGUCACAAGAGUACAAGCGAGGAAUAGGAGGAAUAACCGCUAACAGUUCUCAUAUCAAAGCCUAAUGCUCCGCUACGCAAAGCUAUCUACGUUCAUACUUUCCCACGUUUGUUUGUUGUGCUGUGCGCUUAUGUGUAACUGAAUGUUAACUGUAUCGAUCAAUCUGACUGAUCAGUGACCAAUGGUGUGAGCGGCUUUCUCUCAGGAUAUCAGCUGAUUCAAUGCAAACGAGAGCCGGAGGGGAUGAAGGAUCUGGGCCAAUGCUGCAGAGGAAGGAGUCGUUUUCUCUUCUCUCCACAUCAGAGAGGUGGCUCUUCAGUGGGAAGAAGAGGAAGCAGAGGAAGAGAGAUGUGGAUUCGCUCAGUCUGUGCAGCUUGGACAUCAAUGAGCCUAGCACCAAGCGGGUGAAGCCUCUCUCUCGAGUGACAUCACUGGCGAGUCUCCUCCCUCCAGUCAAAGCUGCUCCACUCAAACGCAUUGGACAGACACUGCAGCGCUCUAUCAGUUUCCGCAGCGACUGCAGGCCGGACAUCAUGGCUCCACGGCCCUGGAACAGGCAGAUUGCACCGCCCAUCACCAAGCGCCGUGACAGCAAGCUAUGGAGCGAGACCUUCGACCUGGGCCUGGGACACAUGCUGUCCUCCAAAGAGAUCAAGAGACAAGAGUCCAUCUUUGAGCUGUCUCAGGGAGAACAGGACCUGAUUGAGGACUUGAAGCUGGCAAAGAAGGCAUAUCGUGACCCCAUGCUGAAGCUGUCUAUUAUGACUGAGCAUGAGCUCAAUCAGAUCUUUGGCACGCUGGACUCCCUCAUUCCACUGCAUGAAGAUUUGCUGAGUCGACUUCGAGAGGCCAGAAAGCCAGACGGCUCGACUGAUCGCGUGGGCAAUAUUCUAGUAGACUGGCUUCCCUGUCUUGAAACCUACAACGGCUACUGCAGUAACCAGGUGGCAGCCAAAGCCCUGCUGGACCAUAAAAAGCAGGACCACCGGGUGCAUGACUUCCUCCAGCGAUGUCUGGAGUCACCGUUUAGCCGCAAACUGGACCUUUGGAGCUUCCUGGACAUCCCUCGCAGUCGCCUGGUCAAAUACCCACUACUUCUACGAGAGAUCCUCAAACACACGCCAAAUGACCACCCCGACCACCAGCACCUCCAUCAAGCUAUUAACAUGAUCCAGAGCAUCGUGGCGGUUAUUAACACUCAGACGGGCGAGUCAGAGUGUCGUUACUAUAAAGAGCGCUUGCUGUAUCUGGAAAGCGGUCAGAGAGAUCUGCUGAUUGACAGCUCGAGGAUCCUCAGCUGCCACGGAGAGCUCAAGAACAACAGAGGAGCUAAGCUGCAUGUGUUCCUGUUUCAGGAUGUGUUGGUGAUCACCCGGGCUAUCACCCAAAACGAGCAGCUGUGCUAUCAGCUUUACCGGCAGCCAAUCCCUGUCAGAGAUCUGGAGUGGGAAGACCUGCAGGACGGAGAGAUUCGCCUCGGAGGAUCCAUCAGAGGAGCUUUCAGCAACAACGAGCGCACCAAGAACUUUUUCCGCGUGUCGUUUGGCAGCGGAGGACAGCUGCAGACGCAUUGCUUCCAGGCCAGCGAUGCCUUCAAUAAACAGCAGUGGCUCAACUGCAUUCGACAAGCCAAAGAAGCUGUGGGCUCUGCAGCGUGUGAGAUAGAGUCACAGACAGCAGCUCCGUGCUCAGACUACAGCAUGAUGAACACCGCUAGCACUGAGUAUCCACAGAUGGACCUGACAGACCUCACACCUGUGACAACAUGAGCCAUCCUGUUUGGUGCUGUGUUACAGUCAAGCAAGCACUUCUCUGAGACUGACGCUGCUGUCCAUGGUUCUGUGUUAUUCUGUGCCUUGCUUUCACUGAGCUGUUGUUUGUGGCAGUCGUUCAGAAACUGAACAUCUGGAUCCACCGUUUCACUUUAAUCUCACUUUAAUCAUUACUGUCUGCCCAAGAAAAAGUCACAUCUGUGUAAAAGGUGAUCUAUUGUGAUCUAUUAUGUUCAUUUCGUAAUCACUGACAAACAUGACCAGUCGAAUGUUUUCAAAACAUAAGGGCGAUCACAGUAUUUCUAGUGCUGUCAAACGAUUAAUUACAGGCAAAAUAAAAGUUUUUGCUUAUAAGUUUGUGUACUGUGUAUAUUU